GUCUGUUUUACCAUGCCGUGUAUAAUCCUGUUAUUUCUUUCUCUCCCUGAGAAAACCGUCGUACAUUCGAUAGACCGUGAUUUCGUAUGAGCGCGCGCAUUCCGACCGGAAAAGAUGGCCGAACUGUCGGUUGACAUCGGCUCACUUAACCUCAUUCUAGUAUCCGCUAGGUGCGUGUAAGUCGACGUUGUCUCGCAGUCGUGUAUGGUUGUAAGAGUAACUGUUGCUUAGAGGGAGACGGACAGGUGUUUAUCUCUGGCUGAACCGUGCGGGAUAGUUCGGUGCGAAAGUUUCGCGGUUGCAUCGCGAGAGCAGGCGGAGCAUCGUCUCUCUCGUAGGUCCGUUUAAUCGGCGAUCGCGCGCACGCGCCACAUUCUCAAUCUGUCAGCACCCGCUCGUCUUCCCUCUCUCUUUCACGUUUUCAACGUCUGCGCCUCACGCGUGUAAUUGUCGCCAUAAUUGAUGUAUCGAUCGAUAAAAUAUUAAUAGACAACGCUUCGCGACGAGCUAAGCGCAAUCUCGAUCCGAAGGAUGACCGAUCGCGAAACGAAGAUGAUGAUGCGGCUGUGACGUUAGCCCAGAGACGAAGUCGAGCGGAGGAAUACGCAGGCGGGCGAACGGAGCGUGCGAGAGAGAAAGAGAGCGUGCACGGAGAACGGUGCGCGGCGGCGCGACUCCGUUGGACUUUCCAGGAGAGCGGCGCUCAGAGACUCGCGGAGUCAACGCGUGGCCACCGUGGUGUCGGGCAGUUAUGUACCGUUAGCUCGAAUUUAUUUCAUUAGCCAGUUCGGGCGAGAUCCAAGUUCGCCUGUCUGCCCACCUACCGGCCGAGAAGGACCGAAUUCAAUCGCAGUCGUAAAACCCGGAAACGUAGUGCGCGUCCCUCUGUUGAACGGGAAUCAUUGCGCGCGCGAGCAAGAGAUAAAGAGAGACGCGCACACACACACACACACACACGCAACGAGAAAGUCCGACAGAGAGAGAGAACCGAACGGCAGUGUGCGAGCGCGAAUUUAUCGCGGAGUCACUCUCUUGGAGUUUCCGUUAGAGGAAACGCGCGCGCGUCCCGUCCACAUACGCCAGCACGUAUGACGUAUGCACCGACAGACGCAACGAGUACAUCGUCGAGCAGCAGCGUUGUGCAUGUAGAAAUGAGAAAGUCGUUGCCGUUGCGUUGAGGAUUGGGAACGACGACGCAGGCCAGACGGCUGAUUUCCGUACUAAGCUACCAGGAGAACGAAGGCGGCGACAGUAGCAGCGGUACGCUGAGCCGAGCACGUACGGGGAAUCGCAGCUGCUGGCUCUCACCUGUACGUACAAGUAAGUAGCACCACCGGACAGCAGCAUACCCAUUCUCGGCACGAUCGUUUCUCUCCGCGUAUGUUCGAUGAUGCAUGUAUUACACAAUCGCGUACUUUUAAGCGCGGCGGCUUUGUUAUCGAGCCGACGGCGCCGAGUGGCAGGUGCCUCACUCUCAACGACGGAACCGCGAAACAGUGGCCACAGAGAGCACCCACCCCAAGACACUAAAAUCGUCGCGGGGCCCUCGUCGUGGCUCACGGCUUGGCUCGAGCUGGCUUUGGUGGGGUGGUUGGAGGUGCGGACAGUGGUUGAGAGGCUGGUGGGGUUGGAAAUUGCGUGGUGUUCCGAAGCUGCAAAAUGAAUUUUACACCAUUCACCGGGUUCACGACGCCAGGCACUGUUCAUCAGUUCGCUACGGCCAAGUUCGCACAAAAUCUUACCACCGGCGGGCAAGUUGUUGGAGUAUUGUCCGGUGGUGAGGGCGGAGUGCACUACUUAAGGCCGGUCGACCCGAAUGGCUUCGCCGUCGCUCAAGGUGGCAACAAUCAGCAACAGCAGAUCAUAACGUUACCCAUCACCGUGCCAGGGAAAGAUGGAACGCAACAACAGCAGACUGUUCAGAUACAAGUUGUCAACCCUAGCGUAUCACAGAGCGGAAACAGCGGCGAUCAACCCAAGUAUCAUUUGGCGCCGAUAUCACUGGGCCAGUUCCCUCAAGGAGCAGCUACCGUUCUCACUGUCGCCUACAGUCAGCAGGGCGCGGAUGGGGUUCAAAUUCAAGUACAACCGCAAAACACCGUAGCGACUACGCAAACAUCCGACCAAACGACACAGAGCACGUCUACUGCCGUGACCACCACAUCCCAGCAGACUAUCCAGCAAACUGUGCAACUGCCAGGAGCGCCCGAGGGAUUGACCGUGGUCGCUCAGAUCCCGCAAGAUUUGAUAUUGCGAGAGAGCAUAGAGGAGUCGAAGGAAGACGUGAAGGAGGGCACAACACCGGUGGCCCUUAUUAAACGAGGUAGCGUCAAGAGUCAAGGUAAUCAGAGCGGAGAAGAAUUCAUUACCUCUAUGCCCGCCAGCUGGCAGAGUCUCGCUGCGGGUUCCGCUCAAGUCGCGGACUAUCUGUCUCGACUGCCUACCAGUACCUUGCCCAUUAGUUUGCAACAUUUUCUCAAGUUCUCUGCGGAGACUAUAAAGCGAGAAGCUACCAUCGAGUCCAGUCCGCUCGGAGCGGACGGUCUCGAUACUUCCGGCGGUGCAGCUUCGGGGGAGCAGGCGGUACAGAUUACUGUUGCCGGGGGCGAAACUGCGAUCAUUCCUGAUGUUGUGGAGGAACAAGAGCCGGGAGUGAAGCCGAAGCGCAAGAAGAAGUACAAGAAGAAACCUCCAAAACCGAAGAAACCAAAACCAGGACAGGUGAGCAUAGUUACCGCGCUUGACGGUACGACUCUGUUUUGCUGCCCUCAAUGCAACAUGGCGUAUCCGGAGAAGGAGAGCUUGGAACAGCAUCUAAUUGGGCACAAAAUCGAGAGGCGAUUCAUUUGCGACAUCUGCGGCGCUGGUCUUAAACGGAAGGAACACUUGGAGCGGCACAAAUUGGGCCACAAUCCCGACAGGCCGUUCAUUUGUUCCGUUUGCAUGAAGGGUUUCAAGCGAAAAGAACACUUGAAUCUCCAUUUCGUUAUACAUUCUGGGCAGAAAACCGAGGUCUGUACUGAGUGCGGGAAAGCGUUUUAUCGCAAGGACCACCUUAGGAAGCAUGCGAGAUCGCAUCUCGCCAAGCGUGCCAAGGAGGACCCGUUGAACACGGAUUCCGCGCAAAAUCAACAGCAAGCAGAGCAACAGCAACAAGUGGAGCAACUGCAGCAACAGUCCUCGGUGCCGGAGCUGCAGCAAAUCCAGAUACAAGUUGGGCAAGGAUCUCAGGCUCAGAUUCAUCAGAUCUCGGUCAGCGAGCAGUCCACCGUGGUGUUGCCUACAGCCGCCGAAACCGGAGCUAUGACCAUGCUUCAUCAUCAACAGCAACAGCAGCAGCAACAACAGCAACAGUCGCAACAGCAUUAGCAACAGCAUACCGCCCCGAAUCAACUCGGGCGGUACUUUCGUUUCAAUCAUCAACAAGCUAGAGGUCGUGCAAAACAUGGCGUACUCGUUGAUUGAGUUCUUCUAUGCGAUAGGCAAAUUGAUGUUACUUAACGCAAGUUUCGUUCAUCAUCAUUCUUGCCUGGUUGAUGAUUUGGCAAAGUCUCACCGUUCAAACGCCUCCGUUCCUUUUUUGAGGUAAAAUUCGUCGCCUUGUUUGUCGACGAGUCGAUUGAAAUUUUUGAAUCUACGCGCGCGCCAUUGGCUUGUAUAUUCUUUCUUAGUGAAGCAAACAUACAGCUCGUAUGCGUGCACGACACUCGCGUGUUUGGUAAAAAAGAACGCACUCUGAGCUGUACCGAUGAAAUUCGUUCGUACAUAAAUAUAUACGAGUUUCUCUUGAACGUACACGUUAUAGCGUACGUGGAAAGAAGUGACAGCAACAUCCGCUCGCCUCGGACAUAACGUUUUUUCGUCGCUAAUCCAGUUCCAUGACGCAAGUUAGAGAUAAAUGAAAAAGUUUAUAUAUAUAAAUACAAAAAUAUAUUUUUGAAAGCGCGGACUGGAUUCGCCGGAGAUGAGAAGGCAAUCGAGUUUUGGGCUGAAUAUAAUUCGCUUCUACGAUAGUAAAAUACGUAAAUAAAAAAAAAAA